AUGCUAACUCUGCAGCGGCUGACUGUCAAGAUUGGUACGAGGUCGCUACGACCACGGAUACCACGGGGGCGGCGGCCUCAACAUGACCAGCAGCGCAGCGCAUCCAAUUCCAGCUCGUCGCCCAAAGAGCAGUCGACCAAGUUGACCGAGACAGCGCUUCCUCCCCAUGUCCCGAACGAAGUGAGCAUCCAAUCUACGAAAGCGGCGGCGCGACCGGUCGAUAUUCCCAUUCAGCUAUGGUACCACCGACUGGGGCCAGUCUCGACCUUCUUCAGCUGGUUCCAUCGGACUCAGGUGAAGAGGCCGUACACCGUGCAAGUAUCCACGACCCUGAUCACCUAUCUGUGUGGUGAUCUACUGGCGCAAGACAUUGGAGGAGAGCCGUAUGAUCCGAUCCGAACAUUGCGGAUGUUGACGAUCGGGGCAGUGGCCUCGAUUCCAGGAUAUAAAUGGUUUCUCUGGUUGGGCAGGAACUUUAACUUCUCGUCCAAAGUUGCGUCUAUUGCGACCAAAGUCGUGGUUAACCAGGCCGUGUUCACGCCGGUCUUCAACACCUAUUUUUUCGGUAUGCAAGCCAUCUUGACCGGGGAGCCGCCUUCUGGCAUCAUUGCCCGAAUCAAAGGCACUGUGCCCAUCAGCAUUGUGAACUCGCUCAAACUAUGGCCUGCGGUCACGGCGUUCAGUUUUUGGUUCAUCAUGCCGCAAUAUAGAUUCAUGUUCUCGGGCAUCUUUGCCGUCGCAUGGCAGGCAUAUUUGAGUUUCUUGAACAGAAAGGAGGAAAAGAUCGAGUUGGCUACGGAUUCUUUGAGCAGACCUGUCAUUCCGGAGGGAGUUCGGGUGAAGUGA